AAGGCUUGUGGUUCGUCAACGAGAUCUUCAGCACCUCCAGCGACUGCAUGACGAUGACCUUCAACCUCACCGGCGACGGGAGCUUCAAGGUCACCGAGGCCAGGGAGUUCCACCGCUGGAGAUGCUCGGCCUCGACACCGGUUCUCCAACGAGGGAACCCUGGACGGCGCGGGCUCGGAUCCCGGCCGUUCAAGGUGACGUGGGCCGGGCGACUCGGACAUCUUCGGCAGCUUUGGCUCGAGGGAAGCGAUCAUCAUGGACACUGACUACACCAACUUCGGCUUGCUGAUGGAGUGCCAGGACUUCAAGCUCUUCAAGAGGAUCUCGAUCGCUAUUCUGAGCAGGAAGAAAACCCUCGAUAGCUCAGUCGUCGCGAGGAUCAAGACCGACCUGGAAAAGGCAAAUUACGACGUCGAAGACUUCGACCAGAUCAACCACAACACCUGCAGCCCCGCCCCAGCAUUCGACGUGGGUCUGGACGAAGACGGCACGUUCAGCAUGAACGACGCUCCCUUGAACAUCCCUGACCUCCCUGAUUUGGGCGAGCUGCCUGCCGAUGUCGUCCCCGACCUCAACGACAUCCUCGGUGCUCGCAGGAGACGAUGAGAAGCGAGGGGACGCGUCGGGCCGGGCGUUAAGCUCCUUGGAUUGAGUAGGAUGCGGGAGUGUAGAAGGAUUAAUAAAUGAUUUUGGAUUGGAUUCACA